UGCUAAAAGUGCGCGCUGACCGAUGUUGUCCAAUGCGCAGGCAUUAAACUUGCUCAGUGUCUCUUCUUUUUACCUCAAGUGUGAAUUUUGACAAUUGUGCCAAUGAGUUUCACGGAUGCGAUAUUUGCGCCGUAAUCGGCAUGUGUUGUUCGCUUGGAAAGAGUAACGCAGUUCCCGAGGAUCUAGCGAGAAGAUAAUGGAUUCUUUUGCUCGGGGUAAGAAAAAGAAGCAGAAGCAAAAGCACAAAAAGCGAUCUUCGAAAGCAAAAAAAGUGUCAAGUGUAUCGGACUCCAGCAGCAGCAGUGGUAGCAGCGACGAAUGGGCGGAGGCACCGCCUAAAGCUCGUUCAACUGAACAACAGGACAGAAAAGCAGACAAUACUUCUAAAGCCGCUCAGGCUCAGAGAGACGCAUGGAUGAACUUUGAAGAUGUCAUUCCAACCAUAUCGGCAAAGGAUCACAGAGCGCAGAGAAGAGGUGAGAGGGCAGGCGGGUCUGGCCAGAGAGAAAAGACUUUAAGGACUGUUUAUGAGCCCGGCCAGCACGAGCGCGAGUUGAACCCAUACUGGAAAGAAGGCGGAAUCGGACUGCCCAAGGAAGAUGAAGCCAAGUCAGCGGGGCCAACUCUAGUCGCAUCUGCUGUUGGUGAUGGAGGCCUUAGGUGGCUGAAGCGUGCCUACCAGAGGAUACGUGAACAAGCUGCCGACGAAGGUCGACCAUUGGAGGAAGUAGCAGCGGAGCGAUAUGGGUCUUUAGAGAAACUGGAGAGCAUGAUAGCGGAAGCUGAGUCAAGGGCUAGUUCAACUGGUGACAGGCAUCAUGGAAGGCAUGGCACAUCCAGAAGAUAUGGGAGAAUGCAAAGACCAGGCUCAGAUGACGACACAAGAUCGUCACGUAACAAAGCAAUGCAAAGACCGGGCUCGGAUGAGGAAAGGGAGAGACCGUCACGUUACAAAGCAAUGCGAAGACCGGGCUCAGAUGAGGAGACAGGGAAACCGUCGCGUCACAAAGCAGUGCAAAGGCCGGGCUCAGAUGAGGAGAGGGAAAAACCGUUGCGUCACAGAGCAAUGCAAAGACCGGGCUCGGAUGAAGAAAUGGAGAGACCAUCACAUCAUCGUGAAAAACAUAGAGACAGUCAGUCAUCAGGGUCCAAGAAGUGGUCUGAAGAACGGGGAAGAUUCCAGCGACCAGGUGAUAACGAUGACAACUCUGAUCAGGACGACCACCGUGGCAAACACCGGCACAGAAGAGAGCACUCAUCAUCAUCAUCAUCUUCAAAGCCCAGCUGGAUGAAAAAAGAGUUCUACAAAGACACAAAAGACCGACAACAUGAGCAGAAGCAAGACAUCAGCAAGAAGGGAAGGGAUUGCUUGCAGGAGGAAUGCCAGCCUCCGAGGCAGCAGGGGAGCCCCAGAUCACACGAGCAGCCAGAACGAGAAAACGAGCCUGAUCCGGUUGCACAGAGAGAGGAGCGUGCUGCCCCCAAACUGCUGUCGGACAAGGAGCUGAAUGCCUUGGGUGCAAAGCUCAUAAAAGCAGAGAUGCUGGGAAACACGGCACUAUAUGAAAAACUGAAGAAUGAAAUUGAAGAAGCGAGGAAGGCGCGGGAAUCUGCCGGGGCAUCCACGUGUCCCGAUGGGGCACAGCGUGGCUCUCGCGAGGAAGUGGUCAUCCUGACCAAGACAGAUGGCCGUGGCUUUGCGCAUCCUCUCUCGGAGCCAUCCGAAGUUGGUGGGCCAUCGAGAAAGAAAGCAAAAGUCCCCACACAUGACAGAGGUGGCGAACGAGUGCGAUACUUUGCCGAUGACGACCGACAUUCUCUCAAAAAUUUGUUUGAGCGGGAGAAAAUGACCACGGCAGAAGAUCAAAACGCGGAGUUUGCACGUCUCGCUGGCAAGGUACGAACCUCGAAAAGCCAGGAUUAUGACUUUGAUGAUGCUGUCAUGGACAAAGCGAGUCAGCAUGACUCUUCUGCGAAGCAAGAUGCGCGGGACCGAAUGAAAGCUAUUCAGGAGCAUAAGCACAUGUCUAAAGCGUUGGAGAAGUGUAGAUACUGCAUCGACAGCCGUGAAAUGAAGAAGCACCUAAUCAUCGCCAUAGGUAUCCGGGCUUACUUGUGCUUACCGCCGUAUCAGUCGUUGACUGAGGGGCACUGUUUAAUUGUCCCACAAGCACACGUAGCUUGUGGAACUUUGCUCGACGAAGAUGUGUGGCUUGAGGUGCAGGUGUUUCGAAAAGGUUUGACAAAGAUGUUUGAGGAGAUGGGAAAGGACACUGUAUUUAUGGAGACUGCCGUCGCAUUUCGUCAUCACCCACAUGCAGUCAUAGAGUGCAUACCGGUGCCCUUGGAUGUUGGAAACUUGGCACCAAUGUACUUCAAGAAAGCCAUAAUGGAAUGUGAGAGGGAGUGGGCCCAAAACAAGAAACUUGUUGACUUGUCGAAGAAAGGCCUACGAAACUCGAUUCCCAGAGGCCUGCCCUACUUCUCAGUUGACUUCGGUCUUCAAGGAGGAUUUGCUCAUGUUAUUGAAGACGAAAAAGACUUUCCAGUUUACUUUGGAAAGGAAGUGGUGGGUGGCAUGCUGGAUUCGGAGCCCAGACUCUGGCUGAAACAACAACACGAGAGCUUUGACGAGCAAAAGAAAAAAGUCCUGGAGUUUGCCAAGUGGUGGGAGCCUUAUGACUGGACCGAGCGGCUCAAAACCGAAUCAUCAUAGUGCACAGCACUAGAAUUUUAAACUUUUUGUUGCGGCUGCAUUCAGCCAUAAAGUCUGCAAAAGAAUCAUAGAGCACCAUCUUAAAUGUUGAUGUGGUAUUGCUUAGCAUUACAAGUUCAUUGUGUAGACAGCCACAAAUAAACAAUCUAUGUUAAUGUAGCUUGUGGUGAACUAUUAUUGCCUUCUAGUGAUGCUUGCUGGACCUCUUGACCUUCCUUAUUCUUUUUGAUCAUGUACAGAACAAAUCCAAUAAACGAGUUAGGCCUUAAAUUGGCAGUCGCAAGGAUAGCAGCCUUUUGCUGGAGCUUAUGAAAUCAAAUCGCAUGGGAGAGUGUGUUUUUGUAACCUUGUAAACAAAUUCACUUGGCAUGUGUUCUUAGCAUAGACAUAAAAAUUUAUUUGCUGUAUGCUGAGACGACAUUGGAAUUGUACACUUAGACUGGCAGCACUUCAUUGCUGGGAACAUUUCAUGGUUCAAGGCAGUGUUGGAACCUUUUUAUGCAGCAUGCUGGCAUCAGGAAACUUGAAACAGUGACCAAAAAGUAAAAAAAAAAAAAAUUCAGAUGACUGU